AUGAAACAUUUCGAGGCAUGGUACCCACAACUGGGCUCCCGCCUCAAUGCUAUUAUGCUGCGCAACUGCGGUGAGCAGCUCGAAUACUACCGGAAUGACUCUACCACGUACAACUCUUGUGUGAGCUGCCAAGCGGAAACAGUAGAGGCUUGCCUAGAAAAUGCCCCGGAGUGGAUGAAGGCCAGCAUGUCGGUCGGUGUUGGCUGUCGAACAGAAGCGGUGGAAACAUGUAUCCUUGAAAAUGCUCCAGAAUGGAUCAAGUCGAAUAUGGCUGCUGCCGGCGUCCUGUUAGGCCUGCUUCCAACAAUCCUCAGUCUCGCAGGUUCAAGCACAGUCGAAACUGGUUUGUUAGCGCAACGUCGACCAUUUCUUGCUUUGCUGCUGGCGGCAGGUGCCCCAGCAGUUUCACCAAUUCGGACGUUCGAGUACCGGGACCCCUUACAACUACUUUGCGGUAGUUCGAACUCUAUUCAACUCUUACCGGCUCUACAGAACUGGGGAAUAUGGCGAUUUGCGAUUAUCCCUAUUCAAUACUUGCUGGCGAUGGGUGCGGUCGCUAAUGUCGCGCACACAAGUUGGCAACUCGGUAUUCAAACGCUGUGUAGCUUCUCGACGGAAACAACCUUUCAUCCGUUACUUUGGACUUUUAGCGCCCUUAUCCUAGAUAUACUGGGUACUAUAGGUGUGAAGCUUCGCAUUCGUUUUGACGAGCCCUCAGACGACCCUCCUAUUACUCGCCUAGGAAAAUCCCGGAGAAUAGUUGGCCAGGAGUUCCGCCUGAGCGCCGACCAGGGCAAGGCAAGUGUCACGUUCAAACGACAGUCCUACGCAUUCACCUGUACUUCUUGGUGCACUUCCACAGGCACUAUUCUGCAUCUUAUCUAUGGCACCCUUACCUUUUCGAGUAUUGUAUUUAUAAGCACACAAGAUGCGCUGGGGGUCGUUGCUCGUUACUUAGCUUCCACUAUUAUCUGCAGGAUUAUUCUCAUGUUCGAGAUUCACGGAAUGAGAACGGCAAUGCAGGGAGAAGCUGGUGGGGUUAAAUCGUAG